UGAGGAGGGAGGCAGGGAGGAUCUCAGCUGGAGCAGAGAGAGAGAGAGAGAGAGAGAGAGAGAGGGAGAGGCACACAGAGAGAGGAGUGUGUGCGUUGAAUGUACGCGCCUGCCUUGCUGACUGACAGACGGACUGUGUGUGUGUGUGUCUGUGUGUGUGUGCGUGUUUGUGUGUGACAGAAAGAGAGAAAAUCGCGUGGACACUACUCUGCAGGACUGGAUACGUCUGGCAUCACGGAGGAGAACACGCACGCUACAAGAAAGAGAGCGAGCUGGACACAAACUGCUGACUGAAGUGCAGGCGGACACCGGGGCAGAGUGCGGAGGAGUGAGCAGACAAGAGCACACAAGACCCGACUGAUAGCGCCCAAUGGCGAGCAAUAACACGGCCAGCAUCGCACAAGCCAGGAAGCUGGUGGAGCAGCUGAAGAUGGAGGCCAACAUCGACAGGAUAAAGGUUUCAAAAGCAGCGGCGGACUUGAUGUCGUACUGCGAAGCCCACGCCAAAGAGGACCCUCUGUUAUCGCCGGUGCCAGCGUCAGAGAACCCGUUCAGGGAGAAGAAGUUCUUCUGUGCCAUCCUGUAAACUCGGCAUGGCCCCUCAGCAGCCUGCUCAGUGUGGGACUUUGAACGAGGACGUUCAAAAUACGUAGAAAUCUUCUAGUAGGAGGGCACGGCGAUUAAUGCCCCCUCCCCCCCUUUCUCGAACGGCACCUACAGAGUGCACAAAUUAAAACCAGAGUUAACAUGUAAACAUUAAAGGGGUUGUGAUUGCUUUGUUGAGGGGGGUUGCAGCAUGUUGAAGGGGUCUGAGCUUUUUAGAUGAAACAAAAGGGAUGAUAUUGAUAACGAUGAUGAUGAUGAGGAGGAGGAGGAGGGGGAGUAUGAUGAUUACCCAGAGACGCAGAGUGAUGGACAACCAGUCAACCAAGACAAGUCUUCAGGUUGUGACGUGUAGAAAACAAAACAAAACAAAAAAAACUGAUAAAAUGAGAAUAAAAAUAUCUUGUGGUUGUUUGGGGACUUCCAGUUGUUCUAUAAAUGGUUUGUUGGUGGCUCGAGCUCCGUAGGACAGAAAAACAAAAAGUACCCUUCCACUCGACACCACCUGAAUCUUGGAAUGUUUUUUAAGUUGUUUAUUUUAUGUUUAUUUUACCUAUCACCUAGAUAUCUUUCUAUAACUGUACGUGUUUACUGCUCUGUUAACUUCUUCUUUUUUUUUUUUACACCAACAGGUUAGUGAAAGCUUUUUUAAAUGGGAUGUUUGAAACAUUCCACUCCGUGAUUCUCUUUACAAACACCUUUCGGAAAACAACCAAGUCUCUGUGUAUCAACAUCUAUCUGGCAAAUGUGAUGCAGUUUGUCUCCUUCAGAUACAAACCCUCUUUCUACUCUUUGUAUAAAAUGACUAGCAAGUAAACUGUGCUGUGCUGUGAGUUCUGAACCGUUGUGUUUGUAUCAUUGUCUAAUUACAUGAAAUGAGCAAAA